UCCCGCAUAUUUGGUCCAUUGUAAGCGACCAUACCCGGUUGGGUGAUGGCCAGCACUUGAUGAAGCUGUUAUGGCAUUAUUUGGGAUGUCACCACUCAUCAUUCCAAGCGGGAGAAGAGGAUCUGGAAAUAAGCCGAUACCAAGACCCAUCACAAACAUCACCUUAAGAAACUAAAGAAGCAAUAUGUUCCUGUAUCAUAUGGCAUCAUCGACAAUGCAGCAAGCAUACAGAUACCCCUGACUUCACAAUCAUCAGGUGAUGUGUACCCUCAUACCGAGAGUUACGAGUUUGUGACCAAUGAUGUUCAAACCCUGGACGGUAGCUAUGCCAACCAACACCCAAGUAGCAUCAACCUACCAUAUCACUUUAACAAUGUACAACAAGGCUAUGGAAUGGAAAACAGAAACCAAUAUCCGAAACAAAGCCAUCAGAAUUUAAACAGUGCGGGAUUUAGAAAUCCCGGUAGCUCAUCUGAUAGCCAGGGGAAAUACCUGCUGGAAUAUGGUGUUGGUAAAUUACAUGUCAGCCUAGGAAAUAACCAAUUAGAGAACAACAAAUUACGUCACAUCCAGGGACGUCACCAGCCAGCGAUUGGUGCCGGUCCAAUCCGUUUUCAAAGCGCUAGCCAUCAUGUAACCGUCCUAAAAUAUAGCAGUUCCAAUGUUCCUUCAAAAAACGACCAAGUUAUAAGUGGUCGAAACGGAACAUCUCCAGCAUUGAAAACCAACAAUGUGAUUCACAAUAGAGUCACCCAAGAGAGGAAUGGGUUUGAAAAGACUAGCCAAAAUAAUCAGCUGCAAGAUGUGAAAGAGAACGACGGCAUGUUAAGCGACACAUUGGUCCAACAGAACAUGAUCAAGAUCGAAGGCAAAGUUACACCAACAAAAUACAAUGGAGACUGUACAGGAUUGGGACUAAUGUUCGAAGGUGGUCAUGUUAAACUCAGUAGCAAGUCCCUAACGAAGAUUCCUGCAAAAGACAUGACGUUUUUGGUUUGGAUUCGACUACGGACUGUGAAUCAAGUAGCUACUAUCUUUUCUACCGCUGUUUCUGGUGGUGGUAGACAGAUAUUAGAAUUGAGACCCGCUGAGGGAAGCAUGCCGAAUGGCCGUCUGAAGUGGACAGUCAAUACAGACAAAACAAGUACACUCUUCAGCAUAGAGACCGAGAAUAUCAUUCCUUCUGGAAUUUGGACACACGUGAUCGCCAAGUACGAUGCCACCCAGGGAAGAGCGUACCUCUUUGUCAACGGUGAGAAGACACUGAAGUUAAAGAACGUCAAAAAGGGCGCGAAGCUUCCCUGGGGCGAUGACAUUGUAAUCGGAGGCUUGACAGAUGAAUCGUAUAAAGUAACUUUUCCAUUUUUGGGUGGAAUACUGAACAUGAGAUUCGUAGAGAAGCCCUACCAAGAUGCGGAGAUUGACGCAGCAUAUAAACACUGUAAGCCGGAAGAUGCAGGGACACCGUAUUUGGUGACCGUGUGUUCUGGGGAGAAGCUUGGUUCUGGCACAACUUCAGGCGUCUAUUUACAGAUCACUGGGGAAACUGGUCAGUUUGGGGAAGUCAAACUUGGAAGUCGUUUUUCCGCUGGUUGCACAAAAUCAGUGACUAUCUAUGGUCCUCCAGUUGGCAGAAUCCAGAGAAUAAGCGUCAGGAAAAGCAACAAGGGUAUUAUUUCAAAAUCAUGGAUCCUUGACAAAAUAGAGAUUUCCACCGAAACAGUGCCCAGAAUCACCCAAGUAUACCACUUUAAAUGUAGUUGCAAAUUCAAGGAAGGUCAGCUACAGCGCUAUUUGGACGCCAAACCACGAGUUGACGGAGGCUGGUCUGAUUGGUCGGAGUGGAGUGGAUGCGGUACAGGAAUGUGUGGUGGAGACAUGAAGGUUCGAACAAGAGCCUGCACAAAUCCUGUACCUUCUGAAGGAGGGAAAAUUUGCAUUCUACCCGACAAGACGUUUGCUAAUUUUGAUAAACAAACGGAAGAGUGCUCGGUUAAUGGUGACUGGGGCGCUUGGAGCAGCUGGUCAGAGUGUGAUCAAAUCUGUGGUGGAUCUAAAGUAACACGAACAAGGGCUUGUGACAAUCCUGCUCCCAAAAAUAAUGGGCAGGACUGCGUGGGACCUAAAGAAGAGACAAAAAUGGACUGUACUCAAGAAUGUGAAGAUUGGCCUGUCAAUGGUAACUGGGCCGAAUGGGGAGCUUGGAGCGCAUGUUCAAAAUCCUGUGGCGGAAGUGUUGUGACUCGUAAGAGAACGUGUAGCAAUCCUGCUCCACUGAGGAAUGGUUUACCUUGUGAAGGAGAUGACACCGAGACUGCAACAGACUGUACUGUACACUGCCCAAUCGAUGGAGCAUGGACCGAAUGGGGACCGUGGACUGAAUGUAGCACAACAUGUGGUCCAGGACAACAGAUGCGUCAACGAAACUGUACCAAUCCACCUGCUGCUUAUGGCGGGAAAGAUUGUUCAGAAAAGGACUCCCAAGAAGUCCAGGAAUGCAAACUUGUAGCUUGUCCAAAUGCAGUGAAUGGUAACUGGGGCGAUUGGGGCGCAUGGUCAGAGUGCAGUGAGAAAGAGUUCUGUGAUCUUGGUGAAAAGAAACGCACUCGUAAAUGUGACAAUCCAGCCCCUGCCGAGGGGGGUGAUCCGUGCAUUGGCUUGGACACUGAAGAUGAAAUAUGUCCCAAAGACAACUGUAAACCGGCCAAUGGAGACUCUAUUCAAGUCAAACCUUCAUCAUUCAUCGCGGAAUCCUGUAAAGCAGAGACAGCUUACUUCGCUGGAGGUACGAAGGCCAGCGAACUUCCCGACUCGAUCUAUGGCAACCAGUUUAAAGCAAUCACAGAUGAARUCAAGACAAGUUACUUCAGUAAGACAGAGGAAAAUAACAAGAAGGAAACGAUUACAAAAUUUUGCUUUCAACCCUCAAGACCAUUGUCAAUAGCGAAGCUUGAGAAGGUGUUUCCUGGUUAUACGCAAGUGCCAUCUUUACCUGAAUUCAAAAAACCUCCUGGUACUGACAAUUCCGCUGGUCUGUCUAUAUCACUAAAGGCGGAUGGUUCGUUGUUUGGAGGGGAAUUCAGCCUUGGAGAGUCCGGAUCCUACUCACCUAUCAAAGGAGUUAAGCUUAAAAAAUCUCGUUUUUUCUUCAAAACCAAAUCUGGAGAAAGAGGAAUCGUAGCGUAUGCAAAACACGACUUUGUUAAUAAUGUCUUUGACGUCGAAGUCAAGCAAGGACCGGAAAUGAAGGGCAAAAGCAAAGGCCAAACAGACCUAGAAACGAUUGUCAAUACACUAUCACUUCCUCAAGCUACAUCCCUAGUAGGGAGUCCAACAGUUACUGCGCAAGACACCUUGAAAAAUCUCUUUCUGGAUUAUCUUGUCAAUCUUGGUCUCGCUAAGGUACAAGUGAAUGGCCUCUCAGAAGCAGCUACUGCUACAACCAAACGAAUCUCUGGUGCAGUCGUUUCGGGUGAUACUCAAGAGCUCUUUUACUUAGAGAUCAUAAAACAGAAGGACUUUGCUAUUGGAUUGAGCUCAGACAAAGCAACGUUCCAUAACUUUAUGGAAAUGAUACUUAAAAAGCUGAAAAAGAAGCCUGGAAGUUUUGAGCUCUUUGGAUCGAUGACAGAUACAACGGUCGGUAUUGCUUUUGCCCAGAAAGGUUUUAAAGUUGAACCAGCUACCAAGUUCGAAAAAGAACCUUUGAAAUCUGCAGCUGGGGCGUCCAUGAAAGAGGGUGUAUUCAUAGCGAUACGUACUAAACUACCCCAAACAUGUCAAAGUCAAGUUUGUGAGCUGGCCCAUGCUAUACUCGGCAAGGAUUCCUGGCUUAUGUUCACGGGAAAUGCCAACAAGAAAGGGCUGGAUUUUACAGCUGCUGUUCUUGACAGGAAGAUCACUGAGACGAUAAAAUUUUCAAAGCUAGAACUUUAUGUGAAGGCCAAAUUCUUGCCGCCAACAGCUACAGUAGGCUUCAGAAUGGCCAUAAAAUUCCCAGUCGAGGGAGAGGUGUACAAGGAUAACAUACUUCAACCAAAAUCAGAACUUACUUUGGGUGGAUCACUGGAAAUAUCUACUCCUCUGGUGUUUGGUACCACGCUAGAAAUGAAGGGUAUUUGGAGAAAGGUGUUUGGAAUUUCGUUUUUGGCAAUCGGUGAUAUUAGACUGAGCUUUAAAAUCAAUGCAGCUGGAAUACCAACGCAGUUGGGAUUUUCUGGCACAGUACAAUUAGGGAAAAACUGCUAUUAUCCUCAAGACUUUGAGAAAAAUGGAAUGUGUAUACGAGGAAGAGUUGAUUUUAGUUUAGGCACAGCACUGAGCACACAGUACGUAUAUGGCGAUAUAUCUGCUGUAACGGUUGGUAAAGUCUUUCGAAUGUUUGGAUCAAAGCUUGAGCUACCAGAGAAGAUAGCAAGUAGUGGAUUUGAGAAGGAAGUAGUGUUUUCUUUCGCAGGAAAGGAGCAAACCAUACAGUUCCAAGGCGUGGAAAAGAAACUCAAGACUGGAUUAUACGUAAAAGGAGCAUUARACCUGCUUGGGUUCAGUGUAGUCACAGAAAUACAAAUCAGCCCUAAAAUCAUCUUUUUCCAAGUUGAACUAUCGCCUUUCGAGCUACCGGGCAAAAUUAUGCUUGUUCGAUCUUUAACUGACAAGAAGAAGGGGCCUUUAUUCUACGCCAAAGCUACGACAGAUCCAUUGGCCGCUGAGGUUUUCCUCCAAGGAGCUGCAACGAUAUUUGGUGUCGGAACAGAGGUCAAGUUCCUUUUCAAGCCAUCGUUGAUUGAAGCCACUCUCAAGUUAGCUUUGCCGUUUGGUAAACUAGGAGCAGAGCUAUACGUGAAAGGGUCGUAUGGCACAUCUUUGAAAGAAACUGGCUUCACUGCUAAAGUGAAUAUAACAAGUGGGCUUUUGCAGGUUCAGAAAGAUGCUUCUGGGGAUGUGGAGAAGACUGUAAAUCUUGCUCGUGGAAAGAUACAAACGGCGAGAGAUAAAAUCAAGGAGCAGAGAGAAAGCUGUGAAAAGCGUGUAACGAAUUACUGCGAGAAAUGCCAAGAGAACGUCUGCGAUUCAAUUUCAAACAAUUGUGAGGCAGCAUUGGAUCAGUUUAAAAACUACAUUGGUGAAGCAGCAAAUAAAUUCGGUGGCUGGUUCGUUGGUGCUGCCAAGAAAAUAGCAUCAACAUUCAAGAAUCCACGAGAGCGCAGAAGCGUCGAGUUCUUUCCGGGUCGAGCCCAGAUGAUGACACGUUUGAGGCGCAAGAGAUUCGUUGGGAAUUAUCUUUGUAAGACGUUAGCCCCAGCCAUCUGUAAGGGAUCAAAGAAGUUCUGUCAAGCUUCCUGUACUCUCAACAAGCACAUCACUAAAGGAGUCUGCAAAGGACUCGAUCUGGCUCACAAGUCUCUUUUCCUGGUAGAAGACAGUUUUCACUGGGCAAAGCGCAUCCAUGAUGUUGUAGUCAAAGAUAUGCUCGCUGUUCAUGGCAUUGUCUUCGAGCUUGAACUCUCUUCAAACUUGGGCGCAAGGGUUGCAGCAUUAAUUGAUAUCACAAUUAUGAAGGUUCGGCGAAAGAUCGGUCUUGACAUCAGCCUGGCUAAUCUAGUAGAGAUGGCCAAAGAAAUUGUCAAUAAAGCUAUCUCUGAAUUUAAGAACAUGCUGUCCAAGAGAUACACUCAACCUAAAUAUGACAAGCCGAAUACUGUUGGCGAUGUUAUGGUUGGAGCUCCAUUCAGAAUCAAGAAUGUCGGUAACAACAUGUGCAUCAAAAGUCCAGGUCCCGACAACAAGGGAGCAGGUUUCAGUACCAGCGCCUGCUCUAGUGCAGAUACUCAGUGGGUCUAUACUCUGACGGGCGCUUUAAUGAACAUACACAGUGGCCUAUGCUUGUCAUUCACUGGUACAGGCAAAGACCUCAAAAUCGUUCAACAAGACUGUAAGAUCAAUGACGAGAACCAACGCUUCACGUGUGAACAUAAUAGGAUCUUCUUGGGUAAUAGUAAAACGGACUGCUUGAUUGAAAAAGCAUCGGUCAUCACUGCUGGUCCCUGUAAACCUGCACCAGCAGACGAGACUGAAGACUUUGAAACUCCCGAAGCUGAGAGAUGGGUUGUAAAUGAUGAUCCUAGACUGAAAGUUUGUGAUAAUUAUGUACAAGAUUUGGCUCUCAAUAAACCUGCAACACAGUCAAGCAGCUUCAACAAAAACGACCUCGACCAAGAAGAACUAAAGCUGCUUGAUCCAAAUGACCGAGAAACUAUAUUAACGAAGACAGGGGCUGAGCUGGCUGUGAAUGGGGACAUGUCCUUUACCCUGCGAGAAGGCUCCUGCUCACAUACGUCCCAGACAAAAGACCCCUGGUGGAAAGUGGACCUUCUUGAUGAGCACAUUAUUACUGAUGUCAGCAUUCAAACUGCGAGCGAGGGCCCAAAACUAGACGCAUUAGAAAACUUCGAAAUCCGUGUUGGCAUCCUACAAGAAUUCCAGAAGAAUCCAAUGUGUGGCGAAAGAGUGGCAGCAGCUCACCUGGGUGAACUGUGGACAUCCACAUGUGAUCCAGCCAUCCCUGGUCGCUACGUGUCUGUUCAGACAUUCGGCGAGAGAUUCUUGACACUCUGCGAAGUAGCUGUGUAUGCCAGAAAAGAUAAUCAAGGGAAGUGUUCUACUGAACUCAAGCGAAGACGUUCCAACAUCGCUACUGUACCUCACAAAGACUGUGUUCUCAAGAGAGCACAGAUCACCUAUGGACGGUAUGACUAGUGGAAUCAAGUAGUAGUGGAAAAAAGUAGGAAAAUUGUGUUUAUUUGUCAGGCCAAAACUCUUGUGAGUAAACUGAUUGUACAUGCAGUUAUAAUAUGUGAUAUUCUUUAUCUCUUAAAUGAUCUCAUCUUAAUGAUCAACUGAAUUUUAUCUACAACUGCAAAGAUAAUAUUGUUGAAUUAUAGAAGGAAGGAAUUUAGACAGAUUUUUCUCGAGGCUGUGUAUUGGUAAACGGUUUAAUGUCCAAACUUAAUCUUAUUAAAUUGAAAGAGUAUAACUA